UUCGCCGUCGAAUCUCCCUCUUCAGCCAUGGUUCUCUCCCGUCUCCGCCGUUGCUUCUCCUCUAAAUCCUCCUCCUCCUCCUCCUAUAGCCGCCUUCGCUCUCCGCCGCCGCCGCCGCCUCUCCCGAUCUACCACGGACACUACAGACCGCCGCCGAUUCCGCCGCCGCGUCCGGUUCCGAUCGCGGCAGGAGCUUAUCGACAGCCGGAGACUACGACCGGCGACGGAGCUUGCGGCCGGGUGGAGGAGGCGCCGCCGCGUCGUGUUUCGAUCGGCGGCGGAAGUGGAGACGAGGAGAAAACUAGCGCGAUGUAUCGGAUUGAGAACGAGUUGAAGGCGAUGAACGAGGAAUCGGCGACGCACUGCAGCUUUGGGCCGGUCGGCGGCGACAUUUUCCGGUGGGAAGGGUUGGUGAUUGGGCCGGCCCAUUCUUGCUAUGAAGAGGGCAUUUUUGGGCUUUCAAUUGAUUUGCCCUCCGACUACCCCUCUACUCCUCCCCAGAUCAAGUUUCAAACCAAGAUCUUCCAUCCCAAUAUAGAAGAAGAUGGAACCAUUCACAUUGACAUAUUGAAAGAAAAUUGGAGCCCAGCACUAACCAUUGAGAAACUUCUUCUUUCCAUUUGCUCAAUCCUUUCAAAUCCAGAGGCUCAAAACUCCAUUAAUGAAGCUUCCAUGAUGUACAAGAAUGAAUAUUUCAGAUUCUGUGAGGUUGCAAGAGAAUGGACCAAAAUAUAUGCAAUGCCAAGCUGAAGUGUGUUCAUCACUCAAAAAGGUAUAUCCUUUUAUUGUAAAUUUAUGUGCACCAAAAAUAGUAUCUAACUAGACCAAUUGGUUUUAGGGAUUCAUAAGAAUGAGAUCAUUUUCAUCUUGGUGAUUGCUUUUACAAGUUUAGGAGUCACUUUAGUUUGUAUAGUUCGAUUGGGUCUACUCAAACAAAACUAAAUCGGUUCAGUUUAGUGAGGGUCAAUAUCGGUCGAUCAGUUUUCGAUUUUGAAAGGCCUUGUUGAAUCAUUGGUUUGUAAUAUAUAUAUAUCGAUAUAUAAAUUUUGUUUAAAAUGAUAC